UUUUUCGCUGAUGUUUCAAUGCUUUUAGAAUUGUAUGGCUCAUUGCGAUGAAGACAGUCGCGAUCCAAAUGACGAUCACUGGAUUUUCGAAGAAUUAGGCAGCCCUAUAAAGUCUCGAACAAGAAGGUUACCACAUAGAAAUGGUGGAACUGUUAAGACUUACAGAACGAUCAGUACAUCGACGGACAAUACUACAGUUGAUAAAGAUACCUACGAGGAAAAGCUGAAAAUAUAUGCCGACAAUAUGCGAAAGUUGAUUAUCACCGCUCGGAAAGAGAUCAACACUUUGAAAGAAGAGAACAUCGCGCUUAAACAGAAAUUGGAGUCAAGUGGUACGAUAGAGUGUCCAGCCUGUCUGUUCCUGUUCAGGCCGCAGCAGGAACACAAAGUUUUCCCAAAAUACAUCAAGGUUUUCCGGGGGAGGCUGAGUCUCGAAAUAGAGUUUACCACACUAGAACAAAUGAAUCACUGGCUGAAUGCGAAUCAUCUCGAUGUGAACUCAGAUGGACUUCCAACAGUGAUAACGGAGUCAAAGCAAGACGAUUUACUCAGUACCGGAAGCUUGUUGCCUCAGCUAGUCGGAAAGAGAACAGGGCUUGAAGCGAAUAAGGAGAGAAUGGUCAUUAGCACUCGCCCUCAACCAAUCAGCGAAAAUAGGCUUGUUGAAGAUGAGACUCGGAAUGUGUCAAACCAUUGCAAAGACCACGAAACUCCUUCUACUUCGUCUCAUAAUCGUGCCAGCGUUGAAGUCCAUGAAGUUCAUUGUACAUAUAAAGAAGAGUGUCCUUCCUCAAAUGAAGCACAAAAUCUGCGAGAAAAUCACUCGUGUGAGCGGAGGUCAGCAAAGGAUGUCGCAGAUACUGACAACGGAAGGUCAGGAUCAGAUCGAGGUCUGGUUCCGCGAAAAAUAAGAAGCAGAACAGAACAAGAGGAAGUAAAUUUGGCGCAGAAACCGCGUGACACUGAACGUUUAGACUGUCCCGUGCGUUCCCAGAGUUUUUGUAAGGCAUCUACCAGUGGUGAAUCACAGGAGAAUUCAAGCGCACACCACAACAAAAAGGAGAUCUCAAAUAAAGAAAAUCUGCAUAGAGACGUUGAACGUGCUCGGAACGUAAUCAGCGAAAAACCGAAAACACAAAUUACGAAGAGAUCCCGCGUUAUACGAAAGUCUCUGUCAUCAAGGAAAUCGAGGCAUGAUCAACGUACCACGAAGUGUGGAUCCAUUCAUUCGGCGACGAGGAAUAGGAAUGGUCAUCGCACGGUCAAAGACUCAAAUGGUUAUCUACGGUCAGAACCAGGCUCUUCGUCUACAUCUCAUCCUCGCAGACCUUCACACAACCUUAAAGAGUUGCCCAGGAGGGAUAAACGUUCUAACGAUGAUGAAGAGGCUCACAGUCAUAGGAGCAGGAGCUCUUCCUCAUUGCGACAAUCAUCACAUAAACAUGAUUCUUCUUAUGGAAUCCAUAAGGAGCGCGACUUUGAUCGGGACGUUCGAUCGAAAGAAAGAGGGGAACUGUCAACUAGGAGGCAAACGGCUAUCACAGAGCGAAAUGACCGUUCUGAUCGAGUGAAUAGGCGAUCCAGAAGCAAGGAGGUUUCUCGAAAAAGGGCUGGUAGGGAUUGCGCUGCAGACUCACCUGACUCUAAGCGACGACGUAGCCCAGCAAGGAACAAAGAAGAUACGCUUGAUCGAAAUAUUCUAAGUCCGAAAGCUGAGUGUUUCGCUUCGUCGAACUGCGCAAAUGAUGCAAGCAACAAUGACGAAGAUAUAGAUAGCUUAUCCGAUGCAGAUCUGGUGAUUAUUGAUGAGGAAGAAGUGGAAGAUGGUGAAAUACUAGAGUAGAGUAGGUAAUCUCUUUCCCUCCUUUUCCACCUUUGCACUAUUUUUAACUGACCAUCACAACGUGAGUUUAGAUUAAUCAGAUUAUCGCUUUUCAUGUUCUUGUCAGAAAAGACGAUGAGUCUUCUACACAUACUUUGUACGUAUAACCACUGCCAAAUGAAAUUU